AUGCAUCUAACGUCUCUUCUCCUCCUUAUCCCCGCCGUCGCAGCUAGCUGCUUCCACAACACCCCUCUCGCCCGGCGUGCAACCGCCCCCAGCUUCGGGUAUACUGCCACGCGAGGCCCAUUGAACUGGUAUGGGCUCGACCCGAAUGCCAAUGCCGCUUGCGCAACAGGGACACACCAGUCCCCGAUCAUGAUCGGCAGCACUCAGAUCUCGAAAGUCGAUAACAGCACCAUCACCCUCUUUAUCCCUACGGUUUCCGAUCUCGAGUUCGAGAACCUCGGCACCACUAUCGAAGUGCCCUUGACGAAUGGCACGCUCGUCGUGAGAAACAAUACUUACACCUUGGCUCAGUUCCACUUCCAUACCCCUUCCGAGCACCGUAUCGAUGAGGAGCAUUUCCCCAUGGAAGCCCAUUUUGUGUUUUCGGAUGAGGAUGGAAACAUCGCCGUGGUGGGUUACCUCAUCCAACUCACCUCCACAAAGGAUCACAGCACACCCCUGCUGAACACCAUAUUCGAGAACGUCGAUGAGAUCUCCGAGCCGGGAAGCUCCACCGAGCUCGGAUUGCUGGACUUCAGUAGUGUCACGAGACAUUUCUCGAACAACGAUAUCUACACAUACUCUGGGUCGUUGACUACCCCGCCCUGCACCGAGGGUGUAGCGUGGUAUGUCAGUGGUUUGCCGUUGGUGUUGGACGUGGAUACGUAUAAUCAAGUGAAGAAGGUGUUGAAGUUCAAUUCACGCUAUACGCAGAACUUUUUGGGACAGGAAAAUUUGUUGCAGCUUGCGGCGGAUGAGUUGAAUGGUGUUGUUGCUUAGAGGGUCGAUGGAAUUGACUAGUUUAGGGUUUAGGUUAGUGUUGGAAGAGAAUUGUGGGACACGGGGAUGUCAAUGCCUGGGCGUGAGGCUUGGAUCUAAU